CUUGUCUGGGUGUGUCCCUCUAAAAGCAGCAGGUACUGUCGCAUUCUCGUCUCUGUCUCUGCUGGAAACACUUGAACCGUCCGGAAUGGAUCUGUUCGCCUUUAAGACGCUUCUGGUUCUGCUCUCUUUUAUCGGAUGCUGUGCAGGGAACGUCCUGCCGCCGGGUCCGGUGGAUGCAAAAUUGGGGACAAAUAUAACUUUGAAGACACUCAUUGGCAAAGCAGAGUUAGCCGUUAUAAUCUGGACUUUCAAAACCGACGGCGAACCGAUUCCUGUUGCUACCUCCAGUUCAGGAACACUGCAGCCUGUGAAAGAGCCUUACAUUGGAAGAGUGUCGAUUAACAAGACCAACGGCUACUUGACGCUUGGACCCCUGACGACUGAGGACAGCGGGGUUUACACCAUCACCACAGUAGCAGCUGAUACCCAAACCGGGGAUAUAGAACUCCGUGUUCUAGUGCCGGUGUCUGAUGUGACCAUCACCUCCGAUGUGCCUGAGGCGGUCGAGCACAACAGCACUGUGGUUCUGACCUGCAAGGCUAAAGGCUCCUUCCUCAAGUUCACCUGGCUCAAAGGCACCACGCCCAUCGUGCCUGAUGGCAAACACUUCACAGAGAAAUCUGAUGAAACAUCCAGUGUCCUGACCAUAAAUCAUGUUCUCAGGACGGACCUGGUUGGUUCCAUCUACUGCAGCGUUGCUAACAGUCUGGAGACAGAGAAGAGCGCCCCCUUCAACCUCACUGUCCACUAUGGACCAGAUGAAGUCACCAUCACACCUCUGGCACCUCCCAAGGUUAUCAGAGCCAAAUCCAACUUCAACCUGACCUGUUCAGCUCGCUCAGAUCCACCUGCCACCUUCACCUGGUACCACGGCGAGCAGAUGAUGGAGAACUCAGGUCCCGUCCUGACCCUUGAAGUGAUUGAAAAACACAGAUUAGGGGCGAAAGAGGAAGCAUAUACCUGCAAGGCCACAAAUGCCAAGACCCAACGCACUGUCCUGUCUCCUGCCGUGUCCUUUGCUGUGAUGGAGGCCAUCUCAGGUGCCAAAGUCAGUGGUCCAACUGCUAUCCUCAUCGCCGGCAAUAGCACAGCCAACCUCAGCUGCCAGGCCACGGCCGGCACCGUGAAGACCAUAAGUUGGUUAAAAGACGGCAAAGCCCUGUCUGCUGGCGGCCGCCAUGUGUUCGCCACCGACAUGAGCUCCAUGAUGAUCAACCUGCUGCAGAAGGAGGACAACGGAGAGUACACGUGCCAGCUCACUAAUCCCGUCAACACAGACAAAGCCACCUACAAGAUGGUGGUCAACUACGGUCCUGAAGGAGUGAAGGUGGAGGGUCCAGAGGCUGUAGAGAUGAAUUACGUAGUGGAGCUUAUUUGUUCUGCUCCCUCUGUACCCCCCGCCAACUUCACCUGGAAGUUUAACGAGGAAGGAGCGUUGGAUGAAGGUCUCUCAGACGGAGCCAUUGCUGGGAUUGUCAUCGCCAUUCUCGUCGCUCUUGGUGCUGCCAUCGCCUUAAUCGUGUACUGCAGACAGAAAGUACCGGUGGAGUCACCGUACUGAAGAAGUUCCCGCACAUUGCUGCAUCUGACCAUUUUGUUUCCCAUGAUCCAUGCGUGCAGCCGGGGAGGAGCGUCCAGUUGGAUCCAGCUAGUUUCCAGUGAAGCCCUUACUAAACCAGAUUUCCCAUCACCCCCUCUCUUUUCUCUCUCCCUGGAUGAGGACAAUGGAAACUUGAUUUGACCCAAACAAUGGAUGCUAUCAGUUUGGAUUUUUAGCUGGACUCUUCACUGUUUGUUCCCAUCUAAAUUUUUAAACAUUUUUGAGUUGGUUUUUUUUUUUCACCUUCACCAUAAAGUCAUCCACCAUCAGUGGAUCAUCACCUCCUUCUCUCCUUCUCCUCCACCUGGUGUUAACAAACGUCAUCCUUCACCUUUUGUCUCGUUCGCCGCUUCCUAUAGGAAACUAAAAACACAGAGGAACUCUGUGUGACGGAGAUGUUUCCUGGACUGAAGCUGAUGGACUGGCGGUUACGAUGAGUGACUCUUUAUCCUGCUGGAAACCUGAGGAGGAAACACACACACAUGCUGGCCACACACGUAGACAUUUAGGAUUCUGGUUUUAAAUAAUAUCUGAAAAAAAGUUGUGGUUUGAUUUAUGUCACUCUCUGCGCCAGGUGGGUGGAGUUUAGCUGAUGGGGGUCGCUUCAAGUGCAGCGAAGGAGUUAAGUUUUAGAUGCUCCUCUGCAGUUGACAGUGUUACUGGAGGACAGUUUGAUCCAAAAUACCUCAGUUUCUCUGGUGCUCACUAUUUUGAGAAAGCUUUCUAACACACCUGUUGAGCCCACUUUGUAACAAACAUGCCACCAGUUGAGAUUUUUUUUUUUCUUUACUGAGGUUAGUACAAAACUUUAUUGGCAAUAUUGUCCCUCUCUGCGGCUGCUUUCCUAAAUUUUUUAGUUUUCGUUCAACACAACAUAGAUGUUCGCCACUACUGAGCUUGAAGCUGAAAAUAUCUUUAACACCUGGAGCACUGAAAUAAAGCAGUGGUUUAGCUUUUAACCAGAAUGUAUCUUAGGAAUAACCAUAUUUGUUUUUACAGCUUACCUGCCAGCCAAUUAGAAACAAGUACAAUAUAUAUUUUUAAAGUUUUUAUUGUCAUUUUUAACUGGGCCGUUGAUGUUCCUGAAGGAGUAUUCCUUUCCUUUAAAAGAAGUGUUUUAGAACAUGCAAACACUAACAGCACAAAAUAGAUCCAUUAUUGAUGUCACUUUUCUUCAAAAUAUGCUUAUUUUAUGUUUCUAUGAAAAAAAUCAUAUAUUUUUUUAACUUUCAAAUAUCGAUUUCAGCUUCAGAAAUCCAAUAUCAGUCAGGCUCUAGGGUCUGUACACAUGAAAAGAUAAAAUAGAAAUAGAUACCCAAACUCUCAACUACUCUCCUUCCAUAAUCUUUGCUGUGAUUCUGGAUUGCUUGCUCUACCUUCAUCCUCCCCUCUGUUUGGUCCAGGAUCCUCUUUAGUGUUUGUUUAAGUGAUCGUUUGUGUCUUCUGUGGAAAAGCAUGAGAGUAGAAAGAGGAGGAGGUUCAUGUUUAAGGUGGCACAGACAAGAUUCAACACGCAGGGAUGGGUCAGGGUGGUGAAGGGCGAGAAGAAAGAAAACAGAAGAGGAAAAAAAGGGCGGGAAGGUGUUUGUCAGCAGCAACAUACUUUGAGUUUUGGAGGGAAAGUUUUGGUGAGCUUCAGGGCGGUGCUACUGAAUUUUUUUAAACAGUCUUUACCACAAUUGGAUCGAAGUUUUAAACUAAAUUAUAGUCGUAUAGACACAUCUGGCUUUCAUCUGAAAUGUUAAAGAAAACAAACCACUUUUUGUGUUAUUUGAAGUUCAGCUUUUUCACUAGAUCACACUCCUUUUCUUGAGUAUUUUGUCAUCAAACCUCAGAUGAUUUCUCCUGCGCUGUGAGCUGAUGGAUGAUUAUUUUUGUUUCGUUUGUGUGGUUAGUGGUUGUGUGUGAUCUCAGACUUCAACAUGCACUGAUCUCCGGUGAGAUAAGUAUUUAUUUUGUUUAGAAAAAAAAAACCUUAGUAACUGGAGCUGAAGAUCAUAGCUGGUCUGCAGAACACACAUUCAAAAUCGCAUUCCUUUUUAGGGGAUUUUUCAGUUUGUGCAGUCGAAGAUGCUCAAAUUGACUAUUAAAAAGUUUUAAAAACAUGGUGUCAUUUUCAACAUAUUUAUGUGUCCAGUUUGGGAUAACACAGAGCACGGAAUGUAUUAAUAACAACACACAUAGAUACAUUUUGUUGUCCUUAACAAGUCACAUUUAUAUGUUGAAAAUGACACAAGUAGCCUUAAAGAGAAACUGCCCUCACUGUAAAUAAUAGAGAUAGAUACACUGUAAACAAUUUGUGAUGUCUUUGGAAAUAUAUGUGGGGUUUUUAUUUCUUAUCAUGAUUCAUUUGUUAAAAAAGGUUUGUUUUUGUUCUGUCGUUUUGUUAAUGUUUACAGAAACUGUCUCGCCUCUGUGAAAUUCCUGUAAAAAUCUUAAAAGAUAAAAUAAAUGUCCCCAAGGUGAAGUUCUUGUCCUGUUUAAGAUAAAAGCUGUGGAAAUAUUUUCCUAA